UCCCGCCCUGGGCAUCAUGAGUUACUUCCUGUCUUACUGCAAAGCUCACAGCGGUGCUCUGCUCACCGGCUACCAGGCCCUGCGUGCUGAGGGCUUCUUAUGCGACGUGACACUGGAGGCUGAGGGCAGCGAGUUCCCGGCGCACAAGUCGCUCCUGGCGUGCUCCAGUGACUACUUCAGAGCCCUGUUCAAGAGUCACACGCAGGAAUCCCGGGCGCGCGUGAUCCACCUGCACGUGCCGUCGGCGGCCGGCCUGCAGCGCCUGUUGGACUUCAUCUACACUGCCUGGCUGCCGCUCUCCAUGGACACCGUGGAGGACACUCUGGAGGCUGCUAGCUAUCUGCAGGUCACCGACGCCCUGGGUUUGUGCGGCUGCUACCUGGAGCGCCAACUGGCCCUAGAAAAUUGCUGUUUCACCGCUAACGUGGCAGCACGCUUCGGCCUGGCGCACACGCUGGGCGUGGCCGAGCGCUGCGUGGUGCGCCACCUUCGCGAUCUGCUGUGGGUGGGUGCAGGCCCCGCGGGGCUACUGGAACUCAAUCCGAUGUCCCUGAGGGCCGUGUUGGGGGCCCCCGACGUGGCGCACGUGCCCGAGGCCCAGCUGCUGGGCCUGGCGCUGGCCUGGCUGCGGCAGGAGCCCACAGCUGAACGCCAGGAGCACAGCUCAGCGCUGCUAGAAUGUAUCCGCUUCGGCCUGGUGCCUGCCGACGUGCUGCGGCGCGUGUAUUCCGGCUCUGGCUUUACACUGCCCCUCCGGGUCAAGGGCCUCAUCAUCCAAGCCCUCAACUACCACACGGCACCCUCCCGUCAACCGCUGUUGCAGGGGGUACAAACCAGCAUCCGGAGUCCCCAGACCCGCAUCUUGUUGGUUGGGGGACGCAGAGCCCAGGAAGCCCUGACUGAAGAGGUCGUGGCUCCUCAAGUGGCAGCCAGGGACAGGGGCGCCAUGGCUGAGCCGGAGGAGGAGGAGGAAGAGGAGGAAGAAAUAGAAGCGGAGGAAGAAAAGGAGUGGGAGCUCACCCAGGAUGUGGUAGCCUUCGACGUAUACAAUCACCGCUGGCACAGCCUUACACAGCUGCCAGCGCCGCUGUUGGGACACAGCGUGUGUACUAUGGGCAACUUCUUGUUUGUGCUGGGCGGGGAGACCCCUUCGGGGAGUGCCUCCACUCCCCUGGCUGACGAGCCGCGGCUGGUGACGGCUCAAGUGCACCGCUAUGACCCUCGCUUCCAAGCUUGGACAGCGGUGCCUGCCAUGAGAGAAGCGCGAGCCUACUUCUGGUGCGGCGUGGUAGGCGAGACUCUCCUAGCCGUAGGGGGCCUGGGCACCAGCGGCGAGGCGCUGGCCUCGGUGGAAAUGUACGACCUGCGCAGGGACCGCUGGACAGCAGCCACGGAGCUGCCGAGGGCCUUGCAUGGCCACGCUGGGGCCGUCGGGGACCGCGGCGUCGUGUACAUCUCUGGGGGCAAGGCCGGGAGAGGUGAGGGUGGAGCGAGCAGCCUCCGUGACUUGUAUGCUCUAGGCCCUGGGGAGCAGGAGUGGAGCAAGAGGGCACCUAUGAGCAUCGCCCGCUUUGGGCACCACCUAGCAGUGCUGCGGGGUGCCGUGUUUGCCUUUCUGGGAAGAUAUGAGCCUUUCUCUGAGAUUGAGCGCUACGACCCUGGCACAGACCAGUGGACUCGGUUGCGGCCACUACCCUAUGACCGCUUCUGUUAUGGGCUGGCCGUGGUGGAGGAGACUGUGCUGCUGUUGGGUGGCCUCAAGUGGCGGGACUCACGUCAGGUACCCACCCGUAACGUGGUGGGCUACGACCUCGACCUAGACCGCUGGGAGGACAUCAGCUGUGCUCUGCCCUGGGCCUGGGAUGGUCUGCAGUGCGCGGUGCUGCAGCUGGCUGAGCGUGAGGAUGAGGAGAGGGGGGAAGAGCCUGUCAAGGUGUUGGAUUUGGUUUUAGGUUGAAUGGCCAGUCCAGUUUCUGGACAGAGGAGGAAGUUCUGCCUGACUAGGCUUAGAGAGCAACAGAUGGGCUUUUUUAAACUGUGGGAUUCUGGUAGCAGAAGGACAUCAGGAGGCUCAGGAGGCAAAUGAGGUCUUGGCCAAAGACAAACAGUUCCUCUUGAGCUGAGAAUGGAGACAGGAGAGGUCAAAUAGAAAGAUUUAUGAGUCAGCUUCAGCAAGCUAGUGAGUUUUAGAGACGCACGCUGGGCUAGACGCUCACCUUUCGGAAAUAAAUAUGACCUUAUUUCCCCUCUUAAGAAAUGCUUCCCUAGGUGCCAAUUAAUGAUUACUUUUACGCACCCCCAGAAAGGCCAAAAACGGCAAAAGACUUCAUCAAACCUCACAAAAUUACCGUUUAUAGUCUGUGUAACAAAGAGUACUAGAAGAUGGCGUUGUCCAAAUAGAGAAGGGCAAAGUAUCUUGGUUAAAUAGCAUGAAGUAUUUGUAAGAACAGUAAAUUUAUGGUUCAGAGACAUAGCUACAGUAAUAUGGCACUAUAGAAAAAACAUUCCUAAAAAAAGCACUUUCUUGGAGAACGUAUCCUGGGUUACAUUGUGUCCCUGGCCCCCCUCCUCAUCUGCUUUUGUGCUGGCUUUAGGCAACUCUGGUUUAAAGUCAUAUUUCAGUAGCCACAAUAGGCUAUAUAUAUAUUUUUUUUAAAAAUAGCUUAUUUUUGGUGGUGCCCCCCUGCCACUUCCCCAAAAGAAUCACAGAGAAAGGAGAGAAGAGGUGAAGUUUCAGGUUUGUGACAGGUAUGUGAGAAACAAGCUUGCCUUUUCAAGGUCUCAGAGAGGAUACUUGUAACGUCUGAACAGGUGCUGCUUCUGGCAAUGUUAGAACUCAUAACUGGAGUGAUGGUAUUGUGAUUACAUCACAAAGAAAUGUGGUAAGGACUUUGCGUGAAUAAAGUAGGUGCUUUAUAAGGAUUCAUUAAGAGCUGAAUUUAUUUGACUUCGGUUUACAGUGCUGCCUCUCUCCUAGAUUUGAAACUAAUGAACUAAAUUGUACAGAUAUAUAGUGGUAAAAGUUCUCUUCCAUGCUGGGCUAGCCACAAGUCUUGUAAAACUCAUUAGUUUUAAUUUUUACCAUUUAAAACAACAAAGCUGACUUUACAAAAGUAGAAGCUGCUUAGUAGCAACACAGCUAGUCUUCCCAUCAAAUGCCUGCUGUCCACAGGCCACAACCUGGCCACUAUAUACAUGACACACCCAUCAGGUACAAAUAUUUUUAAGUGAACAUACACAUUUGGUCUAGUAAACAUCAAUAAGUCUAAACACCUGUAAUGAGCACACUUCAAUUUAGGACAAGAGGUUUUUGUUUUGUUUUGCUUUACAUAUACAAAAUCCCACAAAUUUAAUGUGCGUUAAUAUCCAUGCAGUAAAUAAAUGUUUUUACAAAUAGUUUUUUUAAAUGAUAAAAAUAUUACACUGGACCCAAAAUUCCAUACAAACAUUAAUACAUGAUUUCUCAUCCAUUUUGACUAAAUAUAGGAUUACUGAAAAUGUGCUGUAGAAAGGCCACUCCUGUACAGUUGUGCAAAGUCUGCAAAACGAUAGUGAUUAAAUGGUGGUUUCAAAAGCAAAGAAAAAGCUCCCCGCUGUGGAGUUUUACUUUCUCCUCUACAGCAAAAAUAUUCACUGGCAUAUAUCUGAACUCUUAAAGAUGUAAGUACAUUCACUGAGCUGUACAGGCAACAGUAUAAAGCUGAUUAGAAGAUUUUAGGAUAUAGAAUAGGAAAGGAGGGGCCCUUCCUCCUUCUAAAAAAACAGCGAAUUGUGACUUGUACAUUAUGCAGCCAGACACUAAAAAGCAGCACAGUCAUUUUCAUGCUGUGAUCACUUUCAAAAUACGAGAUGCUUGUAAAUGGAAAUAUAUGAAGAGGACGUUUCAGAGACUUCAUCCACUCUAUAGAACAAUUUAUGAUGCUAGGAAAAUCUUCUAAAUGGUUUCUCUCAUAUAAUUCAAUGUGACAUCUGAGUGACCACUGCCCUUGUGCUCUUUAGAAGUACAUUGUUGUUUACAAUAUUGUUUUCCAUAACACACGUUUGCCUGUAACUAAAUGUAUUGUACUUCCCUGCCUGACGUAUAGUUAUGAAAGUUUAGCAGACCAGGGAAAAAAUUGGAAACAGCCUGGAAAGUUGAUUCAGUUCAGUUUAUACCUUGUUGUCUUUUAAGAGUUAAGAGUUCAAAAACAUGAGUUUGGGCUGGAAUUUUAUAUAUAUAUAUAUGACUGUUAGCUGCCUUUCUGGGUGAGUGAGUUAAAUCUGUUUUAAAAAAAUCCAUUCUUAAAUUCUUCUGUACACAAUCAGCAUUUCAUCACUACAAAAAUAAAGGAAGAUUUAAACCAAGAAAAUAAAGCAGCUCUAUCUUCAAUUUGGUCUUAGUUACAAAAACAUCUUACAAACUUUGCCCUGAUACACCAUUAAGUGUUCUCAAAGAUUUGGAAUAAUAUUUCCAUUAACCAGCUUUCACAAGUUAAUAGACUAUUAAGACGAAUAUUAGAUACCUGAACUUUUCUUAUGUUGAUGCUCUUCUAUUUUGCUUAACUCUUAUAUGCGUACCUACAUUUCACAAAAAUAAAACUGCAGCAUUAAAUUUUGUGCAAUGUUUAAGAAAAUUCUUAGAACAUUUUAAUAAAUAUAAAAAAGGUUUAAAUUCUUUCCCUCCCAUAAGGAUGUCUGCACCUGAAAAAUGUGAUUUACUUUUGAAGUCUUCUUUAUAUAAAAUUAAAGGGAGAAAAGAUGACCAUAGAUAGAAAACUGCCUUUUUGUGGUUUUACUACUUGAAGACCACCUGUAUUCAGAAUUGUUUGUAAAAGUUAAUUUUAAAUCAUUAAAGAUAGUUGAUUUGAACAUGGUAAACAUAAGCUGAGCACUAACUGCAUAUAAAAUAUACAAAUGCUCAUUAAAGAGAGUGGUUUUAUGAUCACAAAUGGUUUGUUUCAUAUAGUUUGGUAACAUCAAAGUAUGCCUUUUCAAGUGUCCCACACAUUCAUAUAAAAACUACCUUAAAUAUUUGUUCAGAGUACCAGCAGGUAUUAAUAGCCUGUACGCAGAAGCCACU